AUGUUCAGAUCGAUCCUCGCUAGGCCGACCGUCCUACAGCAGCCGAGCAACGUGCUACCUUCAAGUAUACCUCCUCUCCGACGGAAACUCCAUCUUGCUCCUCCGUUUCUGCUGGAGGACUACAUUCCUCGAUACCAUCUCAUCUCCUCGGUCGAUGCCGCCAGGAAACGUUCCGCGGCCUAUGCACACCUCCGCCGUUGUAACCUAUGUCCUCGCCUCUGCGACGUGAAUAGAUACGAGACCACCGGCCAUUGCCUGAUUGGCGCAGAGAAGGUCAAGGUCGGGACUAUUGCACCGCACUUUGGAGAGGAACCCUGCCUGCAAGGGCACAAUGGCUCCGGCUCGGUGUUCUUCAGCGGAUGCAACCUGCGCUGCGUCUUCUGUCAGAACCACGACAUCGCACAUCAAAAGGUCGGCUUCGACCUGACGCCGGAAGAGCUGGCGGAAUGGAUGGUCAAAUUGCAAGAGGUGGGCAACGUGCACAACAUCAACUUUGUCACUCCGGAGCACGUGGUGCCUCAGGUCGCCCUGGCCAUCCUGGCCGCACGGGAAAUGGGGCUGCGGGUGCCCAUUGUGUACAACACGAGUGCCUUUGACAGCCUCAAGAGCCUAGAACUCAUGGAUGGCCUGGUCGAUAUUUAUCUACCCGACUUCAAGGUGUGGCACAAUGAGACCAGCAAGAGACUGCUCAAAGCCGAUGCGUACGCCGAUACAGCCAGGGAGAGCAUACAAGAGAUGUACAGACAGGUAGGGGAUCUGUGUUUCACCGGGGACGGGAUCGCAAAGAAGGGGCUUUUGGUGAGACAUCUUGUCAUGCCUGGAAAGGAAGAAGAGGGUGUCCGAAUCAUGCAGUGGCUGGCAGAAGUCUUGGGAAAGGAUGUCUUUGUCAAUGUCAUGGAACAGUAUUACCCAGACGCUCAUGUCGGCAGGGAGAAACGAGGGCCCAAGACCAACAAGGAUGAAAAGCGAUAUUCUGAAAUCAAUCGACCCGUCAGCAAAGAAGAAAUUGGCGUUGUGCAAAAGGCCGCAAGAGAUGCUGGUCUAUGGAGGUUUGCCGAGCCUGCCAGGCAUGGUGGAUGGAAUGUGUGA